AUGGACGAUACAUCACAGAAUCGUGUCUCGCCGGAUGACGGUUCCCCACCUUCAGAGGGACGCGCGCGCCCCAAGUUCCGCCGCUCCAAGGACGGAUGCCUGACCUGCCGCCGUCGGAGGAAACGCUGCGACCUCGACCCAGGACCAACGUGCAUGACAUGUCAGCGUCUCAAACUCACAUGCGAGUGGCCAGAUGCGCCGGCGAGGACAACAUCCAACGCUCGUAGUGUACGGGGAACACCGCAACCUCGGCCACCAGACUCGCAUCCCCAGUUCGACCCGCUCGGCCUCCUCGCCUCCGCGUUGGGGAUGCACGAGGCACCUACGAACCCCGCUCCAGUACCUCCACCUCUCCCACGAGAGGUUAUAGCUCAGCCGAGUGUGGGAAGCGGGGACGUUGACCUGAUUCAGAGCUUUCCCUUCCUCGGGGGCUUUGAAAUCGAUGCUGCGACACUACAUCUCUGGGCGGCGGACUGUCUCCAACCACAGCCGCAGCCGCAGCCGGGAAGUGGCAGCUUGCCGGCGGGCUCCCUCGAUAUGAGCUGGUACACUGCUCUAGAUGAGCUUGCUCCUUCUGACACGGAGCCGUCCGCGCCGUCCGCGAGCUCGGACUCGGUAUUAAGCCCAACGUCUGCAAGUACCCGCGAAGGGCGCCGGCAUGCCGACCUCCUAAAGCACUUCCAGACCACGCUGAGCAGUCUCGUGACGUGUUCCGGCGACUCGAAUGGCUUCUCUGCCUUCACUGACCUCGCGGAUAGGAGUACGUCGCUGUACCUCUCGAUACUGGCUUGGGCCGGGCGACAUAUGGCCAACAUGGGUGCUGCGCGGUAUGAGGCCAUCAGUGAGCGGCUGGGCGCCGAGGCGGGCGUCAUGGUCAUCGCCGAGCUUGAGAAGGUCGCUCAGCCGGGAUCGGCUGGGAGGAUGGACGACGAGGACGCCAUGACUGUGCUCGCGACUGCGCUCAUGGUUAUGCAGUUUAGGAUCUGCCGAGGAGACGUGUGGGGCUUCGACGUGCUCGUAGAGCGGGGGGGAUUGCUGGCGUCGUCACUCUUCGAGCGCGUGGAUAGUGCGCAUAAUGUGCGGGCCGCCCAGUUCCUCGACAACUUGAUCUACCACGACGUGCUGAGCUCGUUCGCGUACACGCGCGGCCCCAUGGUGCCAUACGAGCUCAUCCUAAAACACACACAGGGUCAGCUUUCGGCAUUACACACACUCACGGGCGUCAACCUCCCAGUUUUCUGCAUGAUGUACCGCGUAAUCAAGUUGAUCCAGCAAAGACGGCAGACGAGGGAACAGAGCGACGCCCUGCUCGAAGUCUUAGGCUCGGCCGAGCAACUGGAGGACGAGCUCGAAGCCGAGCGUCAACGCGUCGAGGCGCUUGUGCGAUCCAAGCCCCAUCUAGGCGUGCACAGAUACUAUCACGAGGCGUUCCGUACAGCGACGUUGAUACAGAUCCGCGGCUUUGUGCUCUGCGAAUCGCCGUGUUCCCUCAAACUUCGCCUAUUGGUACGCCAGGGCCUCACGCUCCUCGAGACCAUGAUUGAGCGCAACCUCGCUGGGGUGUGUUCGAUGCACUGGGUGCUGUUCAUCAUCGGUGUGAUGGCUCUCCCUGGUGGACCUGGGGACAAUGACCGCGACCGUAUCGACAGACUAUACGACGAGUACGCGAAGCGGAUCGGCGGAUUCCUCAACGUUCCGCGAUCGCGGACACUGAUGCACGAAGUGUGGGCACGGAAUCAGGAGGGAAGGGCGUUCGUCGACUGGCUCGAUAUCGUGCUCGAGUACGACUGGGAGGUGUACUUUGUCUAG